GCACUAUUUGAACUUCGGGAGACAUGACCAAGUCCAGUGAUGGUAAAAAGGUUUCGAGUCAGUUGAACGAAACUGAGCAGAACUUCUUACGUGCAGCUCGUGCUGGAGAUCUGUCAAAAGUUGUAGAACUUUUGAACGCUGGUGUACACAUCAAUUUAUCCAACUCGAUUGGACUUACUGCACUUCAUUUAGCCUCAAAAGAAGGUUAUGUUCAUGUUGUCGAUGAGCUACUUCGACGUGGAGCAGAUUUCGAUGCUCCUACUAAGAAAGGAAAUACAGCACUUCAUAUCGCAAGUUUAGCUGGUCAUUUCGAAGUUGUCAAGCUACUUUUGGAUGCUGGUGCCAAUAUAAAUCGUCAGUCAGUUAUUGGAUUUACCCCAUUGUAUAUGGCUGCUCAAGAAAAUCAUCUUAAUGUAGUUGAUCUUCUACUUCAACGUGGUGCAAACCAAGCAUUAACUACUGAAGAUGGUUUCACUCCUUUAGCAGUAGCCUUACAACAAGGACAUGAUCGUGUUGUGGCACAUCUUCUAGAAAGAGAUUCACGUAGUCGAGGUGGCAUGCCAGCUCUACAUAUUGCAGCACGAAAAGAUGAUGCAAAUGCUGUGAGUUUGUUAUUGAACAAUGCAGAAGUUAAUGUGAAUCAUCAAUCUCAACCUGGUUUCACUCCACUACAUAUUGCUGCUCAUUAUGGUAACGUGACUGUAGCACGUGUACUUAUUGAACGUGGGGCAGAUGUAAACUUUCAAGCCAAGAAUAAUAUCACACCAUUACAUGUGGCUGCUAAAUGGGGUCGUGGUGGAAUGGUCCAACUACUUUUGAAUUCGAAUGCCUUAGUUGAUUGUCGUACACGUGAUGGUUUAACACCAUUACAUUGUGCAGCUAGAUCUGGUCAUGCAGAAUUAGCUUCACUGUUGAUGGGUGCUGGUGCAAAUCCUUCAGCUAAAACAAGGAAUGGAUUAACUCCAUUGCAUAUGGCAGCACAAGGUAAUAAUGAAGAAGUUGCUCGUGUAUUGAUUCUGCGUGGUGCUAGUGUAGCUGACAGAACAGGAGAUUCUUUGACCCCACUACAUGUGGCUGCUCAUUGUGGUAAUACAGAAGUGGCACGUGUACUCUUAGACAAUGGAUGUGAUGUGAAUGCACGUGCUUUGAAUGGUUUUACUCCAUUGCAUAUUGCUUGUAAGAAACAAAAAAUUCGAGUUAUUGAACUACUUCUUCAGUAUGGUGCGCAAAUCAAUAUGACUACUGAAUCUGGCCUAUCUCCAUUACAUGUGGCAGCAUUUAUUGGUGGUCCAGAGAUUGUUCAGUUAUUAAUACAACAUGGUGCACAAGUGAAUCAAGCUACAAUGCGUUGUGAAACAGCAUUACAUUUAGCUGUACGUAAUCGACAAGUUAGUGUUGCUGAAACACUUAUCUAUCAUGGUGCAUCGGUAAAUGCUAAAGCUAGAGAUGAACAAACACCGUUGCAUGUGGCGUGUUUAACUGGGACACCAGAAUUAAUCAAUGUAUUGUUAUCAUGUAAAGCUAAUCCGAAUCUACCAGCUCGUGAUGGUUAUACAGCUUUGCAUAUUGCAUCUAAAGAAGGUCGUCAUGAUUUGUUAGGUCAAUUGUUAGAAGCUGGUGCUGAUUUAAACGCUCGUACGAAGAAAGGUUUCACCGCUCUUCAUCUAGCCGCUAAGCGUGGUCAAGUCAAAGUAGCUAAACAAUUAAUUCAAGCACAACCGAAAAGUGUUAACGCUAUCGGUCAGAACGAUUUAACUCCUUUGCAUAUUGCUACACAUUAUAAUCGUUUACCUGUCGUACAGUUAUUAUUGGAUAAUAAUGCACAAGUAGAUUGUCGAGCUGGCAAUGGUUAUACGUCGUUACAUAUGGCAGCUAAACAAAAUCAUUUAGAUAUUGCUACACUUUUAUUGGCUCAUGAAUCUGACCAAAUUCAAAUCGCAAAUUCAUCAUCACGUAGUGGGUUUACACCAUUACAUUUAGCUGCACAAGAAGGUCAUACUGAUAUGGUUUCAUUACUACUACAACAUGGAGCUGAUCCAAAUCAUCAGUCGAAAAAUGGUCUUGCACCACUACAUUUAGCUGCUCAAGAAGAUCACGUGUCAGUGGCACAAAUUUUAAAAUCCGCUGGUGCUAAAGUUAGCCCUCUAACUAGAGCUGGUUACAGUCCGUUACAUACAGCAUGCCAUUUUGGACAAAUUAACAUGGUACGCUACUUAUUAGAUUUACCCGAUGCACCAGAUAUUAAUCAACGAACGCAAAUGGGUUUUACUCCGUUACAUUUAGCUGCACAACAAUGUCAUUCACAAGUGGUUCGUUUACUUCUAGAAAUGGGUGCUGACAGUAAUGUUAGAAAUCAGCAAGGUCUGACACCAGCACAUAUAGCACGUAAACAGCAUUAUGUCACAAUAUUUGAUAUUUUAAAAACUGUCACUACAAUUGUUGUCAGUUGGGAGGAGGAACAUGAAGAACUUGAUCAAACGCUAAUGUUAGAACAUCCAGAUUUUAUGCGUGAACAUCCAUUUACAGAAUUAGAUGAAGAUGGUGUUGCACCUUCACCAUCAAUUUCACAUCGGUUGUCAUCAUCUAAUAAGAAACUAAAAUCAAAUGAAGAUGAUAAUUAUUAUUCAUCUGAUGUUACUGAACAAAAGAGUCAUACUGGUCUGUUCAAUUCAGCUUUUGAUAGUACAAUAUUAGCUGAAACGGAGAAUGAUGAUAUUUGGGGGCAAUUAGAGUAUAUGCAUUCCACUUUGAGUGAUGAGAAUACAAAUGAAUUUAUCGCUACUCAAACUAGUUCUGUCUUGGAAACUAUCUCCCCAAAAUCUGUGCAAAAUACUGAAGUUCAAAUGUUCGGAGAAAGUGGUCAACCUGAUGGUGAUUGGGAUUUGGAAGUAGACAAUAUGGCUGUUAAUAAGAAGCCAAUUAAUACAGGAUUUUUAGUUUCAUUCAUUGCGGAUGCUCGCGGAGGUCUAAUUCAAGCAAGACGUUAUCCUGAUCUUAGGAUAUUUAUUCCUCCAAAUGUUAUCAAUGGUCCACUUCGUAUUGUUUGUCGUCUAGUUCAUCCUGAUCGCAUGAAUUCACCACCAAUUAUGAAUGAUGGUGAUGGUUUAGCCUGUCGGUUACUUGAAAUCGGACCAGCUGGUAUACGAUUCGCUUCACCUAUUCUCUUUGAAAUACCACAUUAUGCUUUUUUAAAUGGGAAAAAUCGUGAGAUUGUUAUCCUCCGUUCAGAUAAUGGUGAAACAUGGAAAGAGCAUCCAUUGGAUGCUACAGACCAAGCUGUUCAAGACACUUUGAAUGGACAUUUUGAUUACGCUGGAUCAUUUGAAGAAUUACGUGCUAAGUCAAUACAUCGUAUUUUAACAUAUGAUCUACCACAAUAUUUUGCACUUAUUACACGUAUCAAGCAAGAAUUAAUUUUAAUUGGUCCAGAAGGUGGUACAUUAACAUCUACAGUUGUACCAGACGUACAUGUUCGUUUUCCUCAAGGUGCUUUACAAAAACGUAUACGUGUUGGUUUACAAGUACAUCCAGUUGAUCAUGAACUUGUAACAAGAAUGCUUGGUCCACGUGUCUCUGUAUCACCGAUUGUAACAAUUGAACCACGCAGACGUAAAUUUCAUAAACCAAUUACCUUGACUAUACCAUUACCAAAAACAGCUAUGUCAUCCUCUAGCGGUGUUGCCGACACUAAAUCUCGUUCAACUAUCGAUUCACCUAGUCUUCGAUUACUGUGCUCGAUUACGGGUGGAACAUCACCUGCUGUUUGGGAAGAUAUUACUGGCAGUUCUCCGUUAUCUGCACACGAUCUUUCUGUUUCAUUUACAUCUACAGUAUCUGCAAGAUUGUGGCUCGUAGAUUGUCCUAAUAUUACUGAAGUUGUUGAAUUAGCCAGUCGUGUUUAUCAUGAAUCAUUGGCAGUGCCUUAUAUUGGGCAGUUUAUAGUGUAUGCCCGUAGAUUUCAUCCUGAAGAAGCUCAAUUACGUUGUCUUUGCCUUACUGAUGAUUCGGCAGAGAAAACGCUUGAACUACAAGAAGGAUUUCAACUAAUAGCCACUGGACCAUGUAUUGAGGUUCUUGAUGAUCAUCCACACUGGAUUGAAACAGCUGGUAACUUAGUGCCUGUUGCUAAAACUGAGGAACAAUUACAAUUAGGAAUGCAUGCGUUCCGUGAGAAUCGUUUGAAUAUGAUUGUACGUGUGAAAGAUUUAUCACAGCCGGCUGUUGGAAAAUUAGCGUUUAUGCGUCAUCCUCGAGCUGUACUACAAUCUGCUGGGUCACCUGUAAAACCGGCAACAGUUCUAGAGGCUAAAUUACCAGACGAAUUUACUGAUUACAUGACUGAUGGUGUAUUAAAAACAACUGAUAUUGAUGAUAUGCCACCUUAUAUUCCAGAAUAUAAUCAAAAUGGUGGUCAAUACACCACAUACAAUGAAUCGUUGCCGCAAACAUGGUCAAAACAAGAUCAUUACGAUGAGCCAUUAGCUAAAUCUGAGCUUGAUUUACGACAAGUUGCUUAUCAUUUAAAAUCAGAUUGGAGAAUAUUAGCUCAAUGUUUAGGCUUGUCUGAUGAAGAUCAGUAUAAUAUUACUUCUUUGCCUAAUCGUCCUGAUGAAGAAUAUGCAUAUACUAGUUUAUUGUUGUGGCAAGAACGUAAUGGGAAUGAAUUAACUUCGGGUACGCAACUUGCCGAAGCACUACAAGCUAUCGGUCGUAAGGAUAUAUUGGAAUAUUGUAUGACUAACAUUUCGCCUGUAAUAACAGCUGAUGAACGGGUUACUGCUUUACGUUCAUUGAAUGCCGUUUCGCCCAAUUUAAAUAUUAAUCGUGAAAAUCGAUCUCAUUCAAAAGAUGGCAGUGGUGGUUUAAGUGAAUCAGUUGAUACGGGUUAUGGCACACAAACCGGAUCUACCACACUAAUACCAACAACACCAGUGAUUACAAAGACAAUUUCAUCAACAAUUCAUACACUACCCACUUCAAGCAAUGUAGAUAAUUCUAAACAAUCUGAGCAAGAAGUGGAGCAAGAAAUUAUACAACCAGUUACUGUGACCACUGGUCGAAUUUAUUCAGGGUCACUACCAUAUGUGGGAAAAUCUAUUACUGAUGUUCCCGAAGACAAAUAUGAUGUAUUAAAAGGAGUUGAAAAUAUUCUGGUUGAUAGUCAACAUUCAUCGACCAUAGAAGAUGAUAAAAUAAAUUCCACUUCUACUGGACCUCCAGUCGAUGAAGAAAUAGUCGUCCCUACUCAAAUUAAUCGCACUGUUCAAUUAAAUCGUACAGACGAUACGACUAAUAAUAGUAAUAAUAUUCAUAAACAAAUUGAAAAAGAUAGUAAUUUAUCAAACAUUUAUCCAGAUGUUUCCAGUGAUGUGGAGUCAGAUUUAUCGCAGGCUACAGAAAAACACAUUUUCAUUAAACAGCACAAACAGUUAUUCAGUGAUUCAUUAUCUCAUCCUAACUGUGAGAAAUCGACUGGCGAUGUACAGUCGAUAGUAAGUAAAUCACUCGUUGAUAAAGCAGAUAAUGAACAAGCUCCAGAUGAUCAUCAUUUUGAAUCAUGUGAACAAGAAAUUUGUGCACAUCACUAUCAAAGAUGUGGUGAACUUGAAGCUACAUGGGGUAAAGGUGCAGAUCAAGAUGUUCCACCUUGUGAAACUAGUGGAUUUCAUGUAGAUAAAACACAUGAAAAACAAGUUUGUAAAACCGUAUUAGAUGAAUCAAAUGAAGAGAAGAUUUGUGCAUAUCACUAUCAAAGAUGUGGUGAACUUGAAGCUACAUGGGGUAGAGCUGCUGAUAGUAGUACUAACAAAGUACAAACAAGUAAAAAACAUGAAGAAAUGUUGUCUAACGCACCGGGUAUUGUACCAUCUGAGCAGUCAGGGUGCACAUAUCAGUUGUCUGACGAAACCGAAAUUACAUCAAGUAAACCUAAACCAGCAAAUACAUUUUCGAUUGAAGAUACAAUGCAGCAACCAUCAUCAUCGUCACAAGAGAAACUAACAAAAACAAUCAUCAUUUCAAAACACACAAAAUCAGAUAAAGAUGACAAUAUUAUUCAAAAUAAUAUGGAAAAAGUCAUGAAAUCUAAUCAGAAUUAUUAUGAUCAAUCGCAUAAACUAAACGAUGACAUUUAUGAAUUUCCUGAUAGAGUAAUUGCAAUACCACAAAUGGAACCCGUCGAUUCGACAGAAAUACUAUUUGAUGAUACUUAUUAUAAUAAUAUGUUAGGUGAUUUACUACAGGGUCGUUCAAUAUUAGAACCAUUGACACCUAUACCGGAAACAUCUGAAUAUUCGACAAGAUCAUCUGUAACUAGUAUAAAUCCAUCGAAAAGUUGGCAAAGUAGUGAUUUAAGUCCUUCGGAUUCGAUUGAAAUUCGUCCUGGUGGUGGUGCUGUCACUAAUGUAUCACGUCGUCUAUUGCAUCCAUUUUCCCAUUCAAAUCGUACAUCACAUGAAUCAUUUAGUGGUCCACAAAAAUCAUUCAAAAAUCCAGCUCUAUCUGUACAUAGUAUAUCAUCGAUUCAUUCUGAACCGGAUCGUAUUCGACGUUCAUAUGAAGCACAUUCUAUGGAAUCUCCAGGUCAGGAUUGUCAUAUGGAUUUGUCUAGUUCAUUACGUACACACAGUAGUCGUUCAUCAUCGUUAGCAGAAUUUUUACGUUUGGAAACAUCUUGUGAUGGUAGUCGUGGUGAUCUGUGUAUCGAUGUUGAUAAUGACGAUGAUGAUGAUAAACGACUUUGUGAACAUGAUCAAAAUUUACACGAUCUUAUUCAAAGUAUACAAGAAUUACAAAGACAACAUUUAGAUGAAUCAACGGGUUUAAUUACACCACUCAGUGGUGAUGAGGAUAGCUCUAAUAGUCGCUUAGCUAUUGGCUCCAAUGAUAUUGAUCGUCAAAUAGGUGAAUCAAUUAGGAAUGCAGAAUUAGAAUCAUCGGUGUCAUUAUUAUCCGCUUCCUCUUUACCACAAGUUAAUACUACAUCUAGAUCAGAGAUGCAACAAUUACUACAACCAAUAUAUAUGAGUAGUUCUAGUUUAAACUCCUCGGCACCACAGCCAUCACCGCCAUCCACAACAACAGCAAAAUUGCCUGUGGGUAUCACCUGUAGAGUUAAUCAGUAUUUCUAAUAAUUAGUCUAUGACUGUUUAUUCAUCAAUCUGUAAAAUGUUUUAACCAUAAACUUUAUGUGUUAGGCUAACAACGUGCUUGCUAUUUAUGGUUGUUAUAAUGUUUGACCUAUACAUACUAAUAUAUUUAGUAACUUUUCUCUCUAUUCAUUUUCUUCAUCAUGUGAGUAAAUGACUUGAGGAAUAUUUAUACAAAUAUGGGUGUGGUACAUAGUAUAAAACCAUCCCGUUAACUGUUCAGUGUGUCGUGGAUAUAUAUAUACCAUAUUGUGUCAUUGUUUUCCUUUCUACGUUAUUUAAACCGUUUUCUUUUUUUCGAUUUGAAGUACUUUGUUGAAUAACUAUAGUUAUUACUCGCACUUAUAGUGUUACAUGAUGGGACAUUUCGUAUUUAGUAGUAAUAACCAUAGCUUUAUUUAUAUUUAGAUAUAAAAAAGGUUUUUUGUGUUUACCUUUUCUGUUUCGAAUGAAUUGUUUUUUUUUCUGAAAGAAAAACACAGCUGAACUUUAAAUUAAAACAAUAUUAUGGAAAGGAAAUAUCGUACAUUUGAAAUUUACUGUUAAAAAGCAAUAAAAACUACGUUUUCAUUGUAAACUGUUGAUGUUGAUGAUCCUUUAUCAAAGAAUUUAUUCGUUCAGUUGUUGUGGAAUAGUUUUUAUAUAAAUAUAGUUUUACAGACGUGAACGCAUAUCACAGACUUGGACUAAAGACUGUUAUUUAUAAUCUAAUUUUUCAACAAGCCUUCCCGUGUAUUUUUCUUGUUUGUUUUUCCUGGUUGUGUACUAUCUCUGCUUGUUCAUAAUAAUAAAAAUACAACAAGUAAUUUUUUUUUCAAUCCAAUCUUACAGUUAGUCGGCUUUUUUUUGUUCUGAGCAUGUUUACUUGGGAGCAUUCUUUGUUUUUUGUCUGUCACCAAGUGGGGAAAAAACCUUGUAGAAAUUACGUAAUCCUAUGCACUUUCUCUAUUGUUUGUUGUUUCUACGUCACUAAAACAAAACAAAAAAUAACCAAAAACUGACUCUGUAUGUUUUUUUUGUAUUAGUUGUAUCAGCUACAAUUGUUUUGUGUUUUUCUUAUUCGUUUGUUUUAUAAUAACGUUUUUCCGCAUGUGUAUUUUAUUUCCUUUCCUGUGUUUAUUUAUUAUUUGCAUGUUGCAAAUUCCUCAAUAACACACUUGGUAUUAUUACACAAUUAUUUUUUAAGAAUUUAGCUUUGUGCUUCGUUUAAAAAUUAAUUAACAAUUAUUGUCUUUAUUUACUUUCAGUCUUUAUAAAUUGUUCUGUUUGGUAAUACUACAGUAUAUUUGUGUUUAAUCCCUCUCCCUCUAUGUAUGCUACGCGUUAUCAUCAAUUGCUAUUGUAGUCAUUAAUACUAUCAUAAAUUGUAAUUUUUCUUACCUUAUGUAGUCGUAUAAUCAGGAUGCUUUUCUGUCCUCUUUACAUGAUGGAUUUAACUCCACUGACGUAAUUGUUUGUUUGUAUCGAGUUAAAAGUCUGAAAUUAACUCUUUCCUGGUCGAUUUAAAAAGCAAUAGUUUAUGG